GCCCGGGGUGUGUGAGUGUUUGCCUUCCCAUUGACAACCGCACGGCUGGGCGAAAGCGAAUGAAAACGGACUGCGAACGCGAACAGAAAAAAAUCUUAACAUAAAUCUCAAGCCAUCUGAAGAAACGGCGAAAAGCGGGGGGAAGUAUCGCGCGCCGGCACAGCACGUCCUGCGUGACACCGACAGCUAAAAUCGGGCGAGAGAGGAGCGAGAGGGGGAACUCGCGCGCACAUCUAGAACAGCUGAGAGAGUAGUAGAACGAACGGCGCGCGCCCGCUGGUCCACAGGUAGCUGGUUAGCCCGCUCAGCUAACACACCGAGUAGUAAAAACAACAACAACAACAUUACGACACCAGAGUGCGGGACAUGCGGAUAUCUCCGGUGCGGGACACGGACGAGCUUUUCUCAUAGGUCUCCGCGGACGGACAGGGGGCAGCCAUGUCCAGAAGGAAACAGAGCAAACCGAGGCAGAUCAAACGAUCCAUGGGGGACCUGGAGGAAGGUGAGGAGAACCCACCCGACGAUUUGAGCCUGUCGGGGGAUGAAGGUGCUGCAUCAGAUCCAGAUGACUCUGUUGGAUGUGAUAGUGCCAGUCCUGUGUUCGCAUCGCUUUACAGUGAAGAGCCUCAGACGGAAGACUCUCCUGGUACCCCUGAUGAUGAAGAGGAGGACAAAGGUCCAACACUAAGUGCAGAUGAAGAAGAUCAAGAGGAAGAGAAGGUGGCGCCACGCUGGGAUGGUCCAGAGGCCCUGGGCUUGAGGGAUGAGGAGGACGGGACAGGGAAGGUUGUUGCGUGCCAGGACCUGGGUCACAGUACUGUGUGGGGACCAUACGCCGGGACAGUCCAGGUGGAGGACGCCGACAAGGAGCAGGAAGGAGAGCGACCCCGACUGACUCUUGCGAGCAAAGAUCCAGAGUGCUGGCUGCAGAAGCUGCCCCUCACGUCCAGCCUGACGGCAGCCAACUGCACCAUUUCCAGCCAGGGAGAGGAGCUCUUCUGUAAGGUGACCCGCGAGGUUCGCCAGGGGGAGAGCCUGUUGGCCACGUUGACCGAGCCCACGGCGGAGAAGGCGUCCCUCGCAGAGACGCGUGCCGUGUCCGUGAAGGAGGAGCCCGCCUAUCCGGCGGCCGUGCACCCGGAGUUCCAGCUGCUCCCUCAGCAGGCUGGGAUGGCUGCCAUCUUGGCCACAGCUGUAGUCAACAAAGACAUCUUCCCAUGCAAGGACUGUGGAAUCUGGUACCGCAGUGAGCGGAACCUGCAGGCCCAUCUCAUGUACUACUGCGCCAGCCGGCAGAAGCAGGGGGCAGGCUCGCCCCCCCAAGACAAGCCCAAGGACUCGUACCCCAACGAGCGCGUCUGCCCCUUCCCCCACUGCAAGAAGAGCUGCCCCAGUGCCAGCUCCCUGGAGAUUCACAUGCGCACGCACAGCGGUGAGGCGCGACGGGACCCCUCUCCAAGACCCACACUCCUAAUCCCGCCCUCAGAGAUCCGCAUAAACAGCGAGCGCCCCUUCGUCUGCCUCAUCUGCCUGUCGGCAUUCACCACCAAGGCCAACUGCGAGCGUCACCUGAAGGUGCACACGGACACGCUGAACGGCAUCUGUCACGGCUGCGGCUUCGUCUCCACAACCAGGGACAUCCUGUACAGCCACCUGGUCACGAGCCACAUGGUGUGCCAGCCCGGCUCACGCAGCGAGGUGUAUUCCCCUGGACCGGGCCUGCCUGCGCUGCCACAGGGAACAGGCAGAAGCCCUGUCGACUCGGGGAUUGUGCUGAAGUGUCAAGUGUGUGGCUUUGCGGCGGACUCGCCGGCGCUUCUCCAGCAGCACGUGCGCACCCACCUGGAAGUGAAGAGCCCCGCGUCACGUCAGAGCUCCCCCUCCACGGGACACUCGGAGCCCCAGCACCGGGAGCAGCAGGCGAGCGAGCCAAGGCCCGACUCCAGCAGCCCCGGGAGCCACGGGACAUCGGCCGCAGCGCAGGAAGGCAGCCCUAAUGUCUCCCCGGGGCCCCUGGCUGAUGUGAAUAUCAAAGAAGAGCCUCGAUCCGACUCGGAAAACGCGGGUGAGGAGCCGAGGGCCGGGAAUCCAACCUGUCAGGAGAACAAGGCGAAAGACGCGUCGUCUUGCACCUCCUCUCCCCGAAGUCCCCCAUCGGUGCAUGUAAAGACAGAGCUCCCAAGCCCCACUCCCGGCUCGAGCCCCGUGCACCUGAGCACGGGGGGGUCCGUGUUGCCGGGAGGUGCCGUCUUCCUGCCCCAGUAUAUGUUUGGCCCAGAGGCCACGAUCAUGCCCCAGGCUUCUGAGAUCCUGGCCAAGAUGUCAGAGAUGGUGCACAGCCGGCUGAAGCAGGGCCAGAGUCCCGGAAGCGUUCCGGCCUUCUGUGCAACCGGCUCUCCUGUCCAGAAGGGGGCGACGUGCUUUGAGUGCGAUAUCACUUUCAACAACGUGAACAACUUCUACGUUCACAAGAGACUGUAUUGUUCCAGCCGGCACCAGCAGGGAGACCUAGCUGGCUGCGCUCCCCUGGGGAAAGACCGACUUGUGGCUCCAGCUCCCCCUGCAGGGGUUGACUCGUCUCCGGGGGUUACGGGUAGCCAGGCCUCCACAGCCUUGCAAGGUGAUACGGAGCCGGACGGGGGCGGUGCUACAAGCAAUCCGAAACUUGUUGAGGUGAAGAGCGAGGACUCGGGGAUCAAGGACCCCACUUCUUCGGAGGGGGAGAGCGGCGGGCGGGCCAGCGAGGGCAGUCAGAGCCCAGGCGGCUCCGUGGAGGACACGGACGACGACCCCACUAGGACGUUCUGCCAGGCCUGUAACAUCCGUUUCAGUCGGCACGACAACUACAUGGUGCACAAGCGGUUUUACUGCGCCUCUCGCCACGACCCCUCCAACCAGCGGCCCCAUUCCAGCAAGGCUGCCUUUCUGCCGCAGCCCAUCCGCACUCGAAAGCGCAAGAAGAUGUACGAGAUAUACAUGGCCCGCAACGAGGUCCUGGCUUCCGUUAUUCCGGCUCCGGCUGCGGCCCCAGCGCCCGCUGCGAAGCAAGACCCCGUGCCCCCGCUGGGACCGUCGCCCCUGCCUGCCAGGCACCUGUCUGGCCCGUCGCCAAGUCCCAGCCCUGAGGGCGACGGCCCCAUUGACCUGAGUAAGAGGCCCCGCCUGCGGGAUGCCCCGAGAGCGGGCCUUCCUGCGCUGCCCCUCACCGACUACCACAAGUGCACCGCGUGCAGCAUCAGCUUCAACAGCAUCGAGAACUACCUGGGCCACAAGACCUUCUACUGCCCCGCCACGUCCCUGCAGCAGCGCUCCCUGGAGCAGCUCCAUCGGCUGAGGAGAUCUGCCUCGACCUCGCCCAAGUCCCGCCUUCCGGAGCGCACGGAUGCCAAGGACAGCAAGACGGACAACGCUGGCUCUGCGGCGCCCUUGUCCUUACAGCAUCCCGCCAUCACAAAGUCGCCCGGCUUGCCUGUCCCGCCAGGCGUCAAAGCGCAGGUGGCCCCCGCAGCCGCUCUCCCCGUCGUCUGCCCCUACUGCCCCCCGAAUGGGGUUGUGACCGGAGACCUGAUUGAGCAUUUCAAAACGGCCCAUGGGGUGGUCCUCACCCUGCAGCCAGCGCUGAGCCGCAAUGUCCCCGAGGACAGCGACCCGCAGUCCGCCCCCGUCAGCCCUAGUCUGAGCCCCAAGGACCCGCCCCCGGCCACGCCCCCACGCCUGGGCCCGCCCCCUCACAGGGAAAGCGUGAAUGGCCGGGUGAAGAGGGAGCCCGUCUCUCCGUCCUCUCCCGUCGUUAACGGAAGCCCCCCGGGACCCCCCAAGGGUGGGCUUUCCCCUCCGGCCGCCGCCCCCUUAGCCGUGUCGCCCGCCCCCGAAGCCACGCACCCGCAAACUGUGUCCCUGCUGCCGGACAAGGCGCCCCUCGCACACACCCACGGGGCCUCGAAGGCUGCGCUCAUCUCUCACCCUCUACAGAACGGCAACACGCGCUUCUGCCGCCUGUGCAACAUCAAGUUCAGCAGCCUGUCCACUUUCAUAGCUCACAAAAAGUACUACUGCUCGUCCCACAGCGCGGAGCACGUCAAGUGAGCGAGACUGAACUGCCGCCCCAGCCCGUCCUCAGCCGCUGGUCCUGCCACCGCUCGCACCCUAGGCUCUCGCCUCUGCCAACGGGGGGCAGGGGCUUUAAAGGCCAACGUUCACGAGGCACCCAGUUGCCAUUGGCUCCUCGAUGUUCCCGGUAUUGUUACUUUGGUAACUAACUACUUGUCAUGGGUCAACUUUUGAAUUGUACGAGAAGAUGAAAUCUGCUACCUGCACUCUGAGGUGCUACCUCUCUCUGCCUUCUCGGCUUUUGAGGGAAACCUCAUGUCUGACGUGUCACAUGGAAGUGUUUGGAUUGUGCAUUUAUCUGCUUAAUUUAGCUUGGCAAGCUUGUUUUAAUUGUUUUCUCAAACUAAAAUUGAAAUUAAUUAUUGGCAAAUUGAUGCAUUACUUGCCCAUGCUCUCCAUUGUCCUUUUCCAAAGCAGUUCCCCCUUAACAGCGCCCCCUAGCGGAACUGUGUGUUGUUAGCAAAUACAUUGACUUAGGUGUAUUUGGGUGAUAUACUGUAUGUUUUUGUUCAAACACUGGCUCUUUUUGUUAAAAUAAUUCUACAGAAUGACUGUUUUAGCCAAAUAAUGGCAAUGAAGCUGCAAUCAGUAGCAGAGAUCAUUACAAAAACAAUCUUUCCAGUCUGUUUAGUAUUUGGGAAGAGUGGGAAAAAAAAAUAAAAUAUUUAUAUUUGAGUCCUCACUGAUUUCCUGUGAGUGUAAACUACCUAGUUUAUUUCAGAAAAGAUUAUUUCUAUUUUUGGGUUUGUUUUUAUUUUUUUUUUUUUUUUUACCUUGCUUUUAUCUCAGUAUCUUAAAGUAUGUUUCUGAACAAUUACCAAGAAACAAACUUUAAUCUAAGCUGUCACCACUAAGAUAAAAGUGUGAUUUACUGUUAUUACACUGUCAAUGUUCUGCUCAGUGGAUAGGUGCAAAAAACACUUUUUUUUUUUUUCUUCUUCGAUCCUGUUUUGUUACAGCCGGUCGUGGUUUUUUUUGUCAUGUUUUCUGUAGUUUAAAUGUUUGCGAUGGACUGAUAAAAUCUCUCGUCUACAAUCACAGGAAACUCUAGUACUGGUACCACACCUUGCUCUCUGGUAUUAUAACUUGCUGAAGUGUCACAGCUUCCAAACUGGGUUGCAGCUAAACCUGUGCAGCCCCUCCUUUUAUUUCAGUUCUGCAGCUCCUUAAAAUAGUGUGAAGUAAACUAAAAUGUCAUAUGAAAUACGUUUAACAAAUUAUUAAUCAAGACAGGAGAUAUUUUUUCAGUUCAAGUGGCUAAACUACAGAUUAAAAUUUAUUUUUGGAUCCUUAAGCAAAACAUGCAUGAUUUUUGUUCAUGCUGUGCAAAAUGAAAAGUGCAAGAAGUAUUGACAAUGUGUCAGAUUUUUUUUUUUUUUUUUGGGGAAAAUACAUUAAAAUGCCUUAGGUCUAAGCUGUGGCCAUCAUGUCUGUGUCCAUCAUGUUCAUGGGUUUAGCCGUCAGCUCUCGGUAACCUUUUCUCAGAGCACACGCCUUCAGUGUGACCUAAAACAGUAGACACACUAAAUCAUAUUUUCACUUUCCCUUGCUUCAUACCCUGGUGUUUAAUCUCCAAAGAUUGACAUGUUCGAGAUGACUUCUACUGUUCAAACUGGAAACACAACUACGUACAAAUGUUUAUGAAGAAAAAGUGUUGAGAUUUUGUUUUUGCUUCAUUUUUGUUCUCAACAGGGCUGAAAUAUUUAUAUUUUAGACAGGAGUACCUGCAGAAAUGUGCUUUGUUAUUUUGAAUAGAAAGCAGUUUCAGCGGAUGUCAAAUGCAGAGGCACCAGUUCUGAAAAAAA